AUGUACCGCAACUCCGAUUCAAUAGUCAGGACCGCUGUUGGUGAUACCACCCCCUUCCCCAUAACCCUAGGCGUGAAUCAGGGCUCCGUCUUAAGCCCCUAUCUCUUCAGUGUGAUAUUAGACGAACUGUCAGCCAGCGUACAGAAACUACCGCAGCCUUGGCUGCUUAUAUACGCUGAUGAUAUCGCACUGGUAGAUGGGGACAAAGGACGGCUCACCAGACGCGUGCACGCAUGGAGGGAGGCGCUUGAGAACGGCGGGCUGAAGCUAAAUGUGGCGAAGAUGGAGUAUAUGGCCUGCAACAGCACAGAUCUGACGUCUCUCCGUAUAGGCGACGACACCGAAGAGUGCACGGACAACUUUAGAAUAAAAAUGUGUGACAGAUUUAAGGAUAGCAGGGGCAAAAAGUUACUACAACUUUUAAAUUCUGAAAGUGAUGAAAAUAAAGAAAAUUGUGACCGCAAUCUAAUCAAAGAAGAUUCCGAGGAGAUAGUACACAAUAAUAUUCCUAAGGAUGAUAAUACCAAAGAAUGUUUCAAAAAUUCAGAUAAUGUUACAACUUUUGAAGCUUGGAAAGAAGCUGAGCCUAUUGCCCAUUGCAGUUACAAUCCGCCUGAAAAUAAAUCUUCAUUUACCGAGCCACCACCCGCUGCUUAUGAAUCGUAUUCGGAAGAUGACGAUGAUUCAGUAAAAGAUCCUCACUACAAGUCUAGUUCCUCCAGUAGGUCAUCUAGUUCUUCUAGCAGUUCUUCGAGCACUUCUACGUCAACUGCGAUAACGAACAAUGUACAAGUAUUACCAACUAACGGUCAAGUGGAACCAGUCUCGAUCCAGACUUCUGCUGAAACAAAUAACGAAGAAAUACAAGAAGCAGUACAAAAUGAGAAUGAAUCAAUAAACCAAGAUGAAAUAGUCGAUCAGAAUAUUUCCAUGAACGAAAUAGAAGAAAAUAGUAAUGUUAAGAAAAGUAGAAAGCGCGUUGCAAGAGUUGAAGAGUGGCUUAGUAAUAAAGCGAAAAAAUUACGAAAUACUGGCAAAUGUUACAUUUCCAGAUUUAAAACCAAGAAAAUUAUACCUGCACGUUCUUUGAAACCACCUUGUGUCGAUAAAUGCAAAAUGCAAUGUUCUACUAAAAUUGACGAGGACUGCAGGAAGAAGAUUUUUGCUAAAUAUUGGGGAUUAGGAGAUAUUACCCUUCAAAGAAACUUUAUUAACUCCUCUACCAAAGCUAUAGUGCCCGCAUUCCGUUUUUCGGGAAAAGAAAAACCUCGAGGUUAUAAUAAUGCUUACUAUUUUGACGUUGACAAUGAAAAGAUACGGGUUUGUAAGAAGUUUUUUAUGAAUACGUUAGAUGUAAAUGAUCGCGUUAUAAGAACAGUUUUUCAGAAAAGAGAUCUAGGUUUUAUUGACAUAGAAAAGAGAGGUAAACAUGGCAAUCAUAAAAAAGUCGAUGAAUCGAUUAAGCAAGCAGUCAGAGAUCACAUAAAUUCGAUUCCACGGAUUGAAAGCCAUUAUAUCAGGAAAGAUUCUAGCCGAGAAUAUAUCGACGGUGGUAAAUGUUUAGCAGACUUACAUGCAGACUAUAAAGCACAAUGUUUGGAGCAAGGAGUUAGUGCAGCACACUACGAAAUGUAUGCAAAAAUUUUUAAUUAUGAGUUUAAUAUAAGUUUUUUUACUCCUAAAAAGGACCGUUGUGAGUUGUGUGUAAGCUACGAAAAUGCAACUGGAUCUGCAAAAGAGGAACUACAGGAAAAGUACAUGUUACAUCAGGAAGAAAAGGAUUUAUCUAGAAUAGAAAAAGAGAGUGAUAAAAAUAAAGCGUGCAAUGAUUACGUCAUGCCUUUCCGACUAGCUAAGGUAGACAGUCAGCUUAAUGAACUGUGCUCUAUUCUUCGCGAGGCGAAACAGUACGGUGGCAUUCGCGAUUUCAGUUGA